AUGGCGUCUGCCCUUGACAAAGCAGUUGCUCAGGCUCUGAAGCUAUCCCUAGCUGGAUCGAGUCAUGCCCUCGGUGGCAGGACCGACCAGGAUGAUUUUGAGUCAAUUUGGAGCGCAAUCUGUGUUGCCCUUCGGGAAAUCCACACUCGAAAUGCCUCCCAAAUCUCAUUCGAACAGCUCUAUCGCCUAGCAUACAAAAUCGUCCUACAGAAGAACGGCGAUAAGCUAUAUGAGCGUGUCAAGGAGUUUGAGGAACAGUGGUUUGCCGAAGAGGUCAUGCCGAAGAUCAGAUCACUAAUCACCAGAAACCAUACCGGCUUGACCGUUGGCGGAGGGUCCAGCUCGACAGCAACCGAGAGGAGGAUAUCCGGUGAGAAGUUCCUGAAGGGGCUUAAGUCGUCGUGGGAAGAUCACAUUCUCUGCAUGAACAUGACAGGCGACGUUCUCAUGUAUAUGGAUCGUGUGUACUGUACGGACAAUCGGAGGCCAUCGAUCUUCACCACUUGCAUGGGGCUAUUCAGAGACCAUAUCCUGCGCUCCAAGCUCGUUGAGUCUGACCUAGACCUCAGCACUUUUGACAUCCUGAACUCUGUUCUCCUCGAUAUGAUUCAAAUGGAGCGCGAAGGCGACGUUAUCGACAAGAAUUUAGUCCGAUCCUGCAUGUACAUGCUUGAGGGACUCUACGAAACCGAUGAAGAUGACGAGAACGAGAAACUGUAUUUGACCGUCUUCGAGCCGAAGUUCUUGAACUCCAGCAGGGCAUUCUAUCAAAAAGAAUGUAUGAUGCUAUUGCGAGAAUCGGAUGCCGGCACCUGGCUUCGUCAGACUCAGAAACGCUUGAUGGAAGAGGCUGACAGAUGCAAAACUACGAUUUCGCCAUUGACUGCGCAGAAAAUUGCGGAGGUCAUUGAUACUGAAAUGAUCGGAAGCCAUUUGAACGAAUUCAUUCAAUUGGAAAGCAGUGGUGUCAAGUCAAUGAUCAUGAACGAUCGAUUUGAUGAGCUUGCUCUUUUAUACCAAAACAUCUCUCGUAUUGACCCGAAGAAAGCAGCCUUGCGCGAUGCUCUACAGGGACGUGUGAUGGAAAUGGGCUGUGAUAUCAACAAUACCAUCGCCAAUACCGAUUUCUCUGAGAAGGCUCCGGUGGCUGAAGAUGCCGACAAAGCUGCGAAGGGCAGAGUUCCACCGCCUAACCCGGCUGCUCAACAGACUGCGGCAGCCAUCAGAUGGGUUGACGAGGUGUUGCAGCUCAAGGACAAGUUUGAGAACAUGUGGGAGAAGUGCUUCGAGAGCGACCUGAUCUUGCAGACUGCGUUGACAAAGAGCUUCUCUGAUUUCAUCAACCUAUUCGAUCGCAGCUCCGAAUACAUUUCGCUGUUUGUCGAUGUGAACCUGAAGAGCGGCAUUAAAGGCAGAACCGAAGCUGAAGUGGACGCCGUCCUCGACAAGGCGACUACGUUGCUUCGUUACGUGCAGGACAAGGAUAUGUUCGAGCGCUACUACAAGAAACAUCUCGCGCGCCGCCUGUUGCAUGGCAAGUCGGAGAGUGCAGAAGUGGAGAAGCAAAUGAUUUCUCGCAUGAAGCAGGAAGUUGGCAAUUACUUCACCACUAAACUCGAAGGAAUGUUCAAGGAUAUGACCAUGUCAGAAGAACUGACUUCGAACUACCGAACCCACAUUCAGGGUCUCGGCGAAAGGGACAGGAAGCAGAUUGACCUUGGCAUUAACGUCUUGACCACAAACCACUGGCCAAUGGAGGUUAUGGGUGCUGCGCAGGCACGCUCGGAAGACGGCCGUGUUCAGCAGUGCGUCUGGCCACCUGAAAUCAAGCAUUUGCAAGACAGCUUCACGAAGUUCUACAUGAAGAAGCACAAUGGACGUCAGCUGACCUGGCUCCCAUUCAGCGGAUCCGCCGACAUCCGUUGCGUUUUCCCGAAGAUCCCAGGCAAGGAAGGCAUACUUGGCCGCGAGCGGAAGCAUGAACUCACAGUUCCAACUCUCGGCAUGAUCGUCUUGUUGCUGUUCAAUGACCUCGAGGAAGGCGAGUCUCUCUCGUUCGAGGAGAUCAGAGAGCGUAGUCGCAUCGAGUCGAAGGAUCUCCAGCGCAUUUUGCCUUGUCUUGCGAUUUUACCAAAAGCCAAGGUCCUGAACAAGGAUCCCCCUACGAAGAAUCUCAAGCCUACUGAUCGCUUUUCGUUCAAUGCUGCGUUUACCAGCAAGUCGGUCAAGAUCAAGGCUCCGACCGCUACGGGCAUAAACAAGGUGGAGGGAACUGAGGAGCGAAAGCAGACGGAGAGUAAGAACGACGAGAUGAGAGGUGGUGUGAUCGAGGCUGCGAUUGUUCGCAUUAUGAAGCAACGCAAGCAACUCGAGCACCAACAGCUCCUCACCGAAGUGAUUACUCAACUCACCAGCCGCUUCCGCCCCGACCUCAACAUGGUCAAGAAGCGAAUCGAGAGUCUGAUCGAGCGCGAAUACCUGGAGCGCGUGGAGGAUGUCGAGAGGCCAACAUAUAGAUACCUGGCAUGA